UCGUUUAUGGUCGCUACUUUCACUCAGGUCUGAGAGUUGGGAUUCAGCAGGAGCUUUGUGAAUGAUUGCUAAGUGUUGUGUUUAAAUUUUUAGCUGAACAAAACGCUUUGAGCUGUUAUUUUGUAUUUUAAAUCUCGUGAAUUGCAAGUGGUAUUGAAUAUACUUCGUUAUAGUUCAUCCGGACAUAAAAGCCGACUGUAGCUAUGGCUGGUAGUAGCAUAGCGAUGAAAACAUGGGAGCUGUCAAACAGCAUGCAGGAAGUUCAAAGUAUUGAUGAAAUAUAUAAGUAUGAUAAAAAACAACAACAAGAGAUCCUGGCAGCCAAACCCUGGACUAAAGACCAUCAUUAUUUUAAAUACUGCAAGAUAUCAGCUUUGGCACUGUUGAAGAUGGUGAUGCAUGCCCGAUCUGGAGGAAACCUAGAGGUGAUGGGACUUAUGCUGGGGAAGGUGGAUGGAGAGACCAUGAUCAUCAUGGACAGUUUUGCUCUACCCGUGGAGGGCACUGAAACGCGAGUCAAUGCUCAGGCUGCAGCCUAUGAAUACAUGGCUGCUUAUAUAGAGAAUGCUAAACAGGUGGGGCGGUUGGAGAACGCCAUUGGAUGGUACCACAGUCAUCCUGGAUACGGCUGCUGGCUUUCAGGCAUAGAUGUCAGCACUCAGAUGCUUAACCAGCAGUUUCAAGAGCCCUUUGUCGCAGUAGUGAUUGAUCCCACAAGGACUAUAUCCGCAGGGAAGGUCAAUCUCGGAGCAUUCAGGACAUAUCCGAAGGGUUACAAGCCUCCAGAUGAGGGUCCGUCUGAAUACCAAACAAUCCCGCUUAACAAGAUUGAGGAUUUUGGAGUGCACUGCAAACAGUACUAUGCUUUAGAAGUGUCUUAUUUUAAGUCUUCCCUCGACCGCAAACUCCUAGAGCUGUUGUGGAAUAAGUACUGGGUCAACACUUUGAGUUCCUCCAGCCUUCUGACAAAUGCAGACUACACCACUGGACAGGUGUUUGACUUGUCUGAGAAGCUCGAACAGGCAGAAGCGCAGCUGGGACGAGGCAGUUUCAUGCUGGGGUUAGACACACAUGAUAGGAAAUCGGAGGACAAACUUGCAAAAGCAACACGUGACAGCUGCAAAACAACCAUCGAAGCAAUUCAUGGUUUGAUGUCCCAGGUUAUCAAAGAUAAACUCUUCAAUCAAGUGAACACAUCUACCAACUAAACUUGGAAGGAACUAAAGUUAAAUGACUUCACACGCAGUGUUUGCUUAGUUAUGUGUUCUUUCGUUCCGAUUCUGCUUUGAAAGAUUCAAAGGAAUUCUCCUGUAGGAAUGUUUGCGUCAUUUAUCAUUUGUUUAAAAACUGAAAUAAAUGCUGUUCGGGUUGAUUAGUUGACAGAAGUCUGGUGUUUUUGCUU